CAAAGUUUGGUCUUUAAUAUCGAAGCUAAUUGUAGCGCUAAUAACAUUGAACAUCCAGCGGGACAUAAUUACUCAGUAUUUCGAGACAUGGAUAAGCCAAACUUUGUCAACCCUGUCAAAGAUUAUGUGUCAUUUAUCCACAACUGGCUGGAUGUUAUAAAAAGAGGAGUGAUGAUGAGUUUUAUGUGGAUAACACUGUCAAUGAUGUUCCUUGCUGGCACCAACAGAACAAAUAUCUUCUCGCUUGGUUACUUGAUUGGAUCGUUUAUUUUCCUCUGGCAAGGAAGUGACUUUUAUCUCAGACCUCUGAGAGUCAUUCUUAGAUGGUGGAAUUUUUUAAUUGGCUACAACGUUGUCGUUAUAUUUUUGAAAGUACUAUUCCAAGGAUUCGGAUGUAUUCUUAUAACACAGUUCCAAAAAUCAGCCUGCUGGCUAGUCCAAUUAUUGGGAAUAGCUUGUUAUCAAUAUAGAAAUUCCCAAUUCAAAAUAGACGUAUCUGAUGAUAUAAAGUGUCAAAUGCUACAAGAUGACAGCGGUUUAAUGUGGGACGGAUUCUGCUUCGCGUUUCUUAUAAUACAAAAACGUUUAUUUAAAAGUUAUUACUUCUUUCAUAUCGUCGACGAGACUAAAGCCAUGAGUAUUCUGGCGUCUCGUGGCGCUGAACUGCUCGAGAAUCUUCAUCGUAAACGUAUUGAAUUUCAAGAAAGCGUGGAGAAUACUAUUCUGCAAAAUAUUAAGCUGAAAAUGGAUAAAAUAAAAGCUGAUCAGCAAAAAAUUCAUGGACCAAGUUGGAAAGAACCAGCACAUCACAAAGUUGGAAUGGCACCACUGGCAAGAACUUGUAGCGCAAGUUCUUAUGUCUCUUCAGGACACACGCCACCGCAGGGUUAUCAGACGCCAAUAGAUGACGACAGCGACACUGACAACAGUAGCGAAGAUCUGCAAGAUGAUAAGCAGCAAUAUGACCCACCACCUCUGACUCCACGCGCUUCUUCAUUAUUGCAAGCGCCGUCACCAAACUCAGCUAUUGUAUCAGUGAGUCUCGAGGGUUAUCUAGAGCCCACACGAAUAUCUUUCGGCUCGCCACCGAGUAGUGAAUUGAAUCCACGUGGCGUGUCACCUGAUGAGACCUUUCCAGUAUUUUCGCCACCACCUUACGAUCAACCAGCAAACAGCGAUCAAUCUUGCCAGUCUCUUUUAAAAAGCAUCCAUCGACAACGUCAAUCCAGUCUUGUCGGGACUAAUUGGAAUCCAGAAGCACCAACAAUUUCUGGGCAUUCUGCCAUUUCAAUCACUUCGCGGUCACAACGAUCUCAUCAUACAUCUGUGAGAUCUGGAGAUUACUACAUGUUCGACGACGUGGACGACGAAGAUGUUACCGAAGCAUUACCUGAUUCAGAAAUGGAAAUUGAUGAAGAAGAGCAACGUCGUUUGCAACGACACAAAGGUCGUAGAAUGACUGUUUCUGAGCUGAUGUCAACGCUGUUUAAGACAGAUAUUGAGAUUGCGACACACGUAGCCAUGUACGGAGGAACAUCAAAGGAUGCACUUCGAUUGAGACGUCAGAGUAUGCCGCUAUCCCGCAAGAAAUCAUCCAUGUCCUAUCUGAGCGCGCGUUCAGAAACCGAGACUGCCGCGACAACCGAUGAAGUGGAUCGUAGUAGCGAGAUCUCUGGAGAAGUACAAGCGAGAAGAAAAUCAAGGAAAAAUUCACAGAAAAGUCCAUCUCGUUCUGGUGAAAAUGCUGAUGACAAAGACAGCAGUGCUACAUCGUUGGAAGAUGAUGAAGCUAAAAAAAGAGUAUCUUUCUUGACUUACUUCAAGUUUUUAUUUGAGCUGAUCAACAGUUUUAUGAUUUCUGCUACGAGACAUUUAAACAAGUUUUCUAGGGACUAUCGAUAUAUUCGUAAAGUUUUGAGCAAAGAAAAAUUAAUUUUAAAGGCUAAACCUGAUUUCCGAAUGGGAAUGAGAUUGGGUAUCAAUCAAAUCUGGCAACCAAUACCUUUAAUGAAAGACAGAUCGGAGACGGAAGCAAGCUCAAAAGAAACGGUCGCUAUUGAGGAUCCAGAUCAACUUGAAGCAAAGAGCGAAAGGAAGGAGAGCUUGCUGACUGUGCCACACAUCCGAAUCCUGGCGCCGAGUUUGGAGCGAGGAUUGGACGGGUCCUCCUCCAGCUCAAUGUUAACAAGAACACAGCCAAUAUCACAAGUGGAAGAAGAAGAACCCCAGUUAUCAGAAGUGGACCAGCCAACAAUUAUUCAACUGCUAGCAUCCAUCUGGUUUGGAAUUCUUGCCCACUCAACAUUCAUGUGUUAUUUCAUGAUAUUUUUACACCAAAUUAACAACGCUUCGGUAUUGUCAGUCCCCCUGCCACUGAUGGUAUUUUUCUGGGGCUCACUAACAAUUCCACGGCCCUCCAAAACAUUUUGGGUGACAAUAAUAGCGUACACCGAAGCUAUCGUGAUAAUAAAGUGUAUCUUCCAGUGGGACUUGAUAGCAUGGAACCAGGUAUCCGGAAGAAACCCCUUGGCAACGACAACAAUAAUAGGAGUCGAUCGCAAAACUAAUUAUGCACUUUGGGAUCUGCUGCUUCUUCUGAUGGUAUUCUUCCACCGAUUCAUGCUUAAGUCUAUAGGCCAGUGGACGACUCCUUAUGCGACUAGAAAGAUAAUUCCGUCAAAAUUAGUAAUAGGUCCAGACCGUCCGUCUCCUGCUAGCGGUCCUAGUCAAGCAGGCUCGACUCGUCUACAAUGGCAAAAUGAAGAACAAACUCAAUCAAACCAAGAACUUAACUCAGUAUCAACUUCAAAAGACCUACCAAAAGCUGCUGGUACAUCCGACGAAACCAACUCGGAUUAUCACAAUACCGACAGCGACGAAGAGCGGCUUGUAGAAAUAAGAAAUGAAGAAACAAAUGUCUGCGAUGCGAAACUUACUACAGCAGUAAGUAUGACGUUUAAAAAAUACCUUGAGCCAACGAAAGGUUUUUUCGCAAACAUUUUAAACCCCGAUGGUAAAGAAAAAACAAAUGUCUACGCUUACAUGUUUCUAUGUGACUUCUUCAAUUUCCUCUUGAUAAUCUUCAGAUUCUCUUCGUUUGGAAACCAGCAGGGCGAUGGUGGUGUAACUGCUUACCUCCAAGAAAACCGCGUUCCGAUGCCAUUUUUGAUAAUGAUGUUGAUACAGUUUGCUUUAAUAGUAAUUGACCGUGCGCUGUACUUGCGAAAAUCAAUCUUAGGAAAGCUAGCGUUCCAAUACGCUUUAAUUGUCGGCAUUCAUAUCUGGAUGUUUUUCUUUUUACCCGGUAUAACAGGACGUGCAUUCAACGACAGUUUGCCACCACAAAUUUGGUAUAUCAUCAAAUGCUUUUACUUAUUGUUAGCAGCUUACCAAUUGCGACUCGGCUACCCAACUCGUAUCCUCGGUAAUUUCCUCUGCAAAAAAUACAAUAUUGUAAACUACUGUUUGUUUAAAGGAUUUAUGCUGAUACCAUUUUUGUUUGAACUCCGUGCGGUGAUGGACUGGAUUUGGACAGACACAUCAAUGACCGUGAUGGACUGGUUCAAAAUGGAGGACAUAUUUGCUAGCAUAUAUCAAAUAAAAUGUAUGCGUGGAUUGGAAUCUGAUUUUCCGCAGCCGCGUGGAGAAAAGAAGAAACAAAUGAGCAAAUAUUUAGUCGGCGGUGGAUUACUUUUAGUAAUAAUAGGUCUCAUUUGGUUCCCAUUGUUAUUAUUCGCGCUGAGUAGCACUGUUGGUGUGUCAAAUAUACCUUCAGAGGUCUCACUGAGGAUCCAAAUUAGCUCGCACGAGCCUAUUUACACAGCAACUGCUCAAGACGCUUCAAUAUUUUCUUACACUGACGAAGAGUUCAAAGCUUUAAAAGGAAUUUACACAUCUGACAGACCGGCGUAUACUUUCUUGGAUAAUUAUGGCUCUGGUGAUGUCGCGACUGUCAAAUUGAGCAAAUCAACUCAAAGAAUUUGGGGUAUCACGCCCUUAGAGAAGGAGCAGCUGAAAAAUGAAUUGAAAUCAAACAUUACAAUGAAUAUUCAUGUCGAAUGGGCGGUUUCAAGAAAAACGGAUGCUAAAGAUUUUUCAGGAAUAUCCACAACGCCAAAUAUCAUUCCACUGCCAGCGUACGUCAACGGUGAGUUUAAUCCAAUAAGAACUAAUUUAUCAUUAUUAUUAUCCUCGGAAAAUGAUAAUCCAAACGUCACCCUAUCGUUACCGCAUGUAUUUCCGAAGUUUCUUAAAAUAACAAGUCGUAAUACUAGUGUAGUAGAGCAGUUGAUGCACGCGCCAACUCAAAUUUAUAUGCAAGACGAAAUAAUAACUAACAGUCCUGAUAAUUUGUAUCGUAAUGUAACUCUGCAAUUAGUAUCAGAACUUGGACAGCAGUGGUGGAUGAUCCAAGAGCAAUGCAAUGAUAACUUGUACAAUAAAGUACUCAAAAAUGUUCCACUGAACGACUGCAGCAAUAACAUAGUUAUGUUUAUGUUUAAUGAGAAAGCCUUUCCCGAAGGACUCAGUUUCUUUAGCGGCAUGGGGAUCCUCGGUUUGUACACAACUGCUGUUAUUGUCGUCAGUCAACUAAUGAGGCGAAUCGUCAGUGACAUGGCACCCAAGAUUAUGUUUGACGACAUGCCGUACGUUGAUAGAAUAUUGAAACUAUGUUUGGACAUUUACUUGGUACGAGAAAGUAAAGAGCUGAGUUUAGAAGAAGACUUGUUUGCCAAACUUAUUUUCUUGUAUCGAUCACCGGAGACCCUGAUUAGGUGGACGAGGCCGCCUGAGUCAAACCAAGAUGAUGACAGAGAUGACAAUGAAGACUUUGACGAGCCGGAUGAUAAUAAUCGUCGUAAUAAUAAUAAUGAUGAUGAUGAUGUUGAUGUUGAUGUAGAUGUGAAUGAUGAUGUAAAUGAUAAUGGUCCUCAGGUAAGACAACGAACUAAUGAACGAAGGAGCGACGAAAUUUAGGAUUAUAUUAGAAGACAGCUUGUAAUUUUAAAUAUUUUUUACUAUAAUUAAUUAAAUAUCAAAUGAUAGGUAAUAAAAUAGAAUAAGUUUUACGAAUUUAGUCGAUACUAAUAUCAGUUUGAGAUUCAAAGACUCUAAAUGCAUUUCUUUAUACAUGGCCAAAGAGAAAGUAUGACAAUUAUAAUUUUUUUUCUAAUCAUGAU